CUACUGUCGUGAAAAAAGUCAAUUGACUUUCUUGUUGCGUUGUGCGAAAACUGCGAUUUACUAGCAGCCUGCUGCCCAGUUCGCAAGUGCAUUGGUUUCGGUCGGUCCGUCGGUACAAAUGCAACGUUGAGCUAUCAUCGCAAUGGACUCUGACGUAAUUUUCUACACCUAAAUUCAGUGAGUGAUAUACAUCGAAAUGGUAUCAUCGCGAGCCUUUCAUUACUCAAUACUUUAGACGAACUGAGACAGUGUUUGUCCGUCAGAAUGUCGAACGUACAGAAGUUGUGUUUGUAUGAUGCAUCGUAUGAUUCGUACCCCGACACGUUGUUUGAUAUUUGUAUGGACUAUAUUGUGGUGAAUCUUAAUACAAUUACUAACUUCGACCCUGAGACCCGAUGGCGUAGAUUCAAAGAUGAUGUUAUACUUCCCUCUGAGAUUUGCGAAAAAUUCAUCAAGUCAUACCAGAAGAAAUACCGCAUCAAUGAUAAUAUCGCGAACAUGUUCCGCGAUAAGGUUCGCACUCGGCUCAGCACAGUGAAGCUGCGAAACUCGCGCAUCACAGACGAGGGGCUGCGCUGCCUGAUGGAGCACAAGCCCUACGAAGUGGAGCUCAACCAAUGCGAGUAUCUUUCACAAUCAUCGCUGGAGAUCAUCAGCAACAACAGCCAAAACUUGCACUCACUCAAAUUUGGUCCAUUGACCUAUGUAUUCCCACAAGAUGAAGGUAUCUACAGGCAGCGAGGGUACAUCAUCUAUGCUCCAAACUUAAAGAGACUGACAAUCCAACGUCGAGGUCUCGCAAUAUUCCCAUUGCUUUUGUUAAAGCCUCUGCAGCACCUGACACACUUGGACCUCUCUGAGUGUACAUCGGCUGGUUCCAUUUGGGCCCUUAAUGAGAUGAAUAAUCUGCGGUUCCUGGUCUUGCAUGCUGUGCCGUGGACUAAAGAUUUAAUUGAUUGGAUCUCUGGGAUGGGCCACUUGAGGCACUUGGAUAUUUCCCAGUCAAAUGAGAGGCAUGGGAAAUAUUUCUCACCAAAUGAGGUGCUGACUCAGUUGGUAGAGAGCUUGCCACUACUGGAGUCAUUGGAUAUAUCGGGCACUAAUUUGGCCGGCACGGGGGCUGCUGCAGUUUCAACCAUGAAUCAAGGCACUUCAGACAGCAUGGAGUGUGAGGUGCGCUGCGACAUACCCGGACUGGUGAGCCGAGUUAACAAUCCACUGGAGUUCCUUGGCUUGUACGGGACUCACCAUGGAGCCUGCAAACGCCAUGAUAUACCAGCUAAAGUGAUCACUGGUGACGCUAACGAGGAGCAGAUCCUAGCUGCUGCUCGGGCUUACAUGGAGAGACCAGCGAUGCUGACGCGAGUGCUCAAUGAUCUUUACUAUUUGUUCCGCUACGAGAACAAUGCGUAUGUGGGCCGGGCCCUAUGCGUGGUGCUCGAUGCCAUGGACCUGCACGUCAUGGAGAAGCAUAUACAGAUCUCUGGCAGUGCCACCCUAUUCUACAUAGUGAAAGGGAAGGAAAAGGACCGCAUCGGCAUUAAGAUGAAGAAGCGCAUCAUCACUGCGCUGCUUGACGGCAUGGAGGCUCACCUUGGUGACGACACCAUGAUGAGGAACGGCUGCCUCACGCUGUGCCAAUUCAAGAUACCUACUGAUGUGUUGUUCGAGUAUGAGCGAGUUGUACAGAUUCUUUUAAACGGGGUAGCGGACGUAAAUCAAGAGGGUUUCGUGCAGCGUAUCGCUAUUUACUUAUUAAACUCGCUGGCCUGUCAGGUUGAUGGCAAACAGAAGACAUUCCUCGGCAACCAAGGAGCUAUUGGGAAAAUGCUCAACCUGAUCUCGGACCGGCUCGAGCGGCGCAUAUGCGAUGACGUUCUGGAAGUGGCCUGGUCCACCAUGUGGAACGUCACCGACGAAACCCCACAGAACUGCCAGCGCUUCUUGGAGAACCGCGGCAUGGAAUACUUCUUGGCUUGCCUCAAGAUAUUCCCCGAUAAAGAGGAGCUACUCCGCAACAUGAUGGGUCUUCUUGGCAACGUGGCAGAGGUAGCUCUCCUGCGCCCUCACCUGAUGAACAAGCUCUUCCUCUCCGUCUUCUACGAGCUUCUGGACUCUUGCAGCGACGGCAUCGAGGUAAGCUACAAUGCUGCCGGGGUGCUGGCUCACAUGGCUUCUGACGGGCCACGUGCAUGGACCGUAGCCGAACCAGCACGAGAGAUGGUGCUCCAACGCGUGGCCGCCGCCGUUGAACGCUGGGACCUCCGCGCUGAACGCAAUAUCAACUACCGCUCCUUCGAGCCCAUACUGAGCUUGCUCCAUGCUCAUCAUACGCCGCAGUGCCAGCACUGGGCUGUUUGGGCGCUGGCUAACCUUACUACGGUUUACCCGGACAAGUACUGCACCUUGGUGGAGGCGGAGGGUGGUCUCCGGCUGCUGAACGAGCUGCUCCUGCACCCGCGGCCCUACGAGCCCAUCAAGAAGCUGGCCUACAUCGUGAUCAACAACUGCGCGCGGUACGCAGCCCGCGACACCAGCAGCCCGCUGUUCUCCGCCUCGCCGGACAACUAACUAACGGACUUCUUCGAGGAGAUCAAUCCUCGAUUGCGCGAGUAACCGCCCACGGCACACCGACCCCCACACUCAAGCCAAAAAACUUUCAAACUUCAUCAUUAUUAGCUCACCUAAGGAAUCAUUGUGUUAGUACAAUAAGUAAAUCUAUUUUGGGCGCCAUGUGCCAGGCAUCACUCGGAAUUUUAACUGUAUUAGAAACAAACUAAUACCAUUUUUAUCAAGAUUGAAUAUCGAGCUUAAAUUAACUCGUUGUCCAGGUCGAAUUCUUAUACACUAAAAACAUGAACAAUAGAUUUAACAUUGUUUGUGGACCUUGAUCCCCCUUUAGAUUCUACGUCUAAGCUAAUUUCCUAUGACAGGAAUUUGAAUUAAGGCUACACUUUACACGAAAACUCAGUGAUAGUUUAGUUUAGGUAUGUUGUCGGCCAAACACGAUUCUUAGGACAAACUAGUUUGGCCUAGGCUUAACUAGUUCUUCUUAUGCGCCUUAGGAUAAACCUUUUUGUCUCGGCCAAACUCGUUAACUUCUAACGACGACUCAUUAUCGUAUUAAUAAACUGGCAAAACUGUUUAUCCUAAUGGGCUUAGGACAAACCAGUUUGGCCUAGGCUAGACUAGAAGAACAAGUUAAGCCUAAGCCAAACUAGUUUGACUUGAAAUCGGGUUUGGCUGGUAACAUAUGCAAGUAAUGUAAUUAAGAAAAUAAUGUUAACUGUUUACAUUUUUUUUUUGCUUUGUAAAAAUAUGAUCUGUAUAUAUCACUGUGUUUCCACUUAUUAGUUUUAUUUGAGGCUAUGCCUGAUACUAAAGCUAUCAUCAGUUGUGUUAUAAAUAUCGUCGUUGAUUUUCUGUCAUUUUUUUAUAGACGUUAGGUUCCACAAGAACUGCGCGUAUCUGAGAUACGAUUUAGUUAGUGAUAGCAUAUGAUUGAACAUCGUGUUCUAAAACGAUUUCAAAAUUUGUUUUGGAGUUGCAGCAUGUAUUUAUUCUUUGACUAAAAAUAGACAUGUAAAAAUACACAUUUGAUGCGUAUCGAUUAAAUUAGUCUAUUUUAUGUGUGUUAGUGCGAUAUGGUUUAGUUUAUAUUAAAAUCUAAAUUUAUAUAAAGAUUUUAUCUUCUUAGAAGUGAGGUUGUCUCCCGUAAUUUGGAGUAAUAUGAGUUUCAUUAAGAUUAUGCACAGCAUCUAUUGAAAAGCAGCAGCUAUGAGAAACGCCAUGACUUUUCAUAUAACUAGAAUGCCCACAGAGAUUUAUAUUGCUCUCUCCACAUGGGCCACGGCGUCAGCUCCGCAAAAAACGAAUUCCUUAUGAUAUAAUAUUUAAUAACACGAAACGUGAGUUGAUUACAUAUUAGAGUGGAGAGAUAUAUCUGCGGUAAAACCACACACUUUUAUAGUUAGUUGUAAUUUUGAUAUUCUUAAGAUCCCAAUAAGGCCGGGCCUAAGGUAACAUACAAUUCUUAUUUGUAAAUUAUUUAUUUUAUUUUAUUUAUUGAUUUAUUAUAUUAUAUUAUAUGCAAAUAUGAAUAUAAAGUUAUGAUUAAUUUCAAGGUUCAGAGCUGUUAAUGCUGUUGAUUGGACGCAUCGACGCUGCUCGUCGCGCGGCCAGGUCGAUCUGAAUAUUAGUUUAUGAUAAGUUGUCAUUUCUACGACUAUUAUCAGUCGUGUUUUUUUGUUUUAUCAGUUGACAUUUAUAAAACAGCGUUCAGUGAAUGAUUAAAAAAAUAAUGCAACUUAACAGAGGCUUUUUUUUAUUUAAAUCUGGCACAUUUCUGUAUUUAAUCGGGAAAUGAAAUGAAAUUGAAAUGAAAUGGUUUUAAUAGAAGUGCAAUCAUGGUAAAAGUACAGAUGUCCGUCCCGUUACCGUUGCCAGAAUUAUUACAUUGAUAUACAUGAUUCUAUUUCAAUCAUAAUACUAGUCAUAUCGUGUUAGUUGUGAGGAUACACGCAGUUUUUUACAUAAAUUUAUGCAAACAUUAUACUCAUCUAUACACCACAUUGGUCUUGUUUACAUAAAAUAAUGCAAAGUUUAGGUCCUACAGAAUAUUAUUUAACACAGUUGUUUUUAUUUCCGUUAUAUAUGUUACGUUGUUGGCUCACUUACGCUAUAUUGUUUUAUAUUUCUUGUUGAUUUGCGCGACGCUAAUGAAUUCAAAUCUGUUCUACUUGCCAAGAUUCACGCGCAUACAUUAGAAACGUGAACCGAACUAUUGAACACAGAACGAUUACUAACUGGAUGACAUAAAAAUGGUAUGAGUACAAAAAUAAUACACUCGGUAUUUAUUUAAAUUGAAAUACUUGUUUUAUAGUCAAGAUUAUUCCAGUAAAUUGAUAUUUAUAACAGUAAGUUGUAAUAAUUGUCUACUUAACAACAAUAGCGUGUUAGUCGUUUGCCCGCUUACUGCCGCCGAAAUAAUCGAUGUUAUUUGCUGUAACACUUUUUUAAUGCUAACUGUUUAGGAUACAGAGGUUGAGUUUCUAAUAUGAGACCAUGGAGCGAAAACCGAAGCUGUGAACUACACAUCGUUAUGAGAAAGAGCAAUGCAUCAGUUAUGUGAACUGAAGAUAUUUCCUACCGUCGGUUUUCGCUCUGAAGUUCCAUCUCACAAAUUCAACCCGCAUUAUGUAGCGUCAUCGAUAUGUAAUAGGUUAACGUUUAACAUUAUGCAAUAGUUAUUGUUACUCGUACAUUUCAUAGGUGUCUAUAUUAUGGAUUGAUUGUCAAGUUGAUCGGGAACACACGCUUGCUUUGCUGCAAACAGUUCCCGGGGCCGCGUCCUCGGAGGCUGUUUUGCUUAGUUAGCUGUGAAUUUGUCUUCGGCGCUUCAAGCUUUGGACUCGACAAAUCACAACAGUGUGUGUUUAGUUUACGUAAGGCCAUUUUAUAAUGUUAUAUAACCUAAUAUUCAAUCUGAUGUUUAGAAGUAAUAAGAUAUUGCCGGGCUUAGGGCUCCAGCACCGCGCUGUUUGGGGAUGGCUAACAAUAUACAGGAACAGUAAUGUGAAGUCAAACAGUGGUAAGUAUCGCGAAUCUAGUCGGCCUGUAUAUGCGAAGAGCACUUGAUUAACAGCAUUAUUUUCGUGUAGUAGAUCUAAACUUUUAAUACAUUUUGAUGAGAUCAGUCUGCAGUAACAGGGGGUGUUUUUAUGAUAUUUCCUGAAAUAGUAUUAACACUUUACCUUAUAUUUAAACCGGCGUUGUAUAAGCCGAUCAAUAGAUGUUUAAUGUCUAAUAAAUAAUAAUAUAUGUUUGUCAUCUUCACACACGAUUGUCUCCUAGUAUUUUUCUUUAGUUGAUUAAUUGUGUUGCUACGGUCUAACAUUAUUUUGUGUAACGAAUUUUUUUCUUGUUACGAUAAAAUGCUGUAGCUUGCAAUUUUAUCGAUAAUUCAGUUUUGUUGUUCAUUAAGUUAAGUUGAUCAUGUAUUAAUUCUAGAAAACUUACCUCUUUUAAUUGAUUGUCGUUUCAGAGAUCAAUAAAUAAAUAUCUGAAUGUC